CAGAUACAGACCAGUAGCAUGUCCCAAAUAGUGGAACACCUUGCGGAGAGCAAGAAUAUUCAACAAGGCAGUGAGCAACAGCAUGAGAGGCGACUACAAGAGAUUGCGGGAAUACAAGAUCGCUGCUUACAAGAGAUGCAACAUCGCAUGGAAUCUUUCCAGAAGACUAUUGGUGAGUCUAUUGACAAGUUGCACUCUACUUUGACCGUUCCUCCAGUUCAGCAAGAAGUCGUUUCGAGGUCUUGGAACUAUGAAGAUGUUGGUUGUCCUUCAGAGUUUGAUGAGAAACCUAGGUCAGAUUCUGCAGGAAAAUCUCGACCGUUCAAAUCACCUACGAUGCCAAUGAGUCAAAAACAAGAUUUAGUAGACGAAGAUAUUCCAGAGUCCUUUCCUCCUCAAAGGAAGCGACCAUGGGC